CCGUGCCCGGAGAGGGCUCGUGCGCGGCUGCUCGCCGGGCGCGGCCUCCAGGCUGAUACAAGUCCAGAUCCCCAGGAAAGCUGCCCCGGCUCCAUGCUGGAAAUAUAAGAACACCGCGCGCGCUGGGGAGUGGCGAGCGAGCGGCCGCAGCAUGGACGCGUUCCACGACCAGCAAGUGCCUUACGUGGUCCCCGGCAGUCAGCGUGGGAGAACUUGUCACGAGAAACCAACGAAUGUCAGGAAGAGAAAAUUCAUUCACAGAGAUCUGGCUCAUGACUCAGAAGAACUCUUUCAAGAUCUCAGUCAAUUACAGGAAACAUGGCUUGCAGAAGCUCAGGUCCCUGACAGCGAUGAGCAGUUCGUGCCCGAUUACCAGGCUGAAAGUUUGGCGUUUCAUGGCCUACCACUGAAAAUCAAGAAAGAACCCCACAGUCCAUGUUCAGAACUCGGCUCUGCCUGCAGUCAAGAACAGCCCUUUAAAUUCAGCUAUGGAGAAAAGUGCCUGUACAAUGUCAGUGCCUAUGAUCAGAAGCCACAAGUGGGAAUGAGGCCCUCCAACCCCCCCACGCCCUCCAGCACCCCGGUGUCCCCACUGCAUCAUGCCUCGCCCAGCUCAGCUCACACUCCGAAGCCUGAGCGAGCCUUCCCAGCCCACCUCCCUCCGUCACAGCCCCUACCAGACAGCAGCUACCCCAUGGACCACAGAUUCCGCCGCCAGCUCUCCGAGCCCUGUAACUCCUUUCCUCCUUUGCCCACCAUGCCACGGGAAGGCCGUCCCAUGUACCAACGCCAGAUGUCUGAGCCAAACAUCCCCUUCCCACCACAAGGCUUUAAGCAGGAGUUCCACGACCCCGUGUAUGAACACAGCACCCUGGUCGGUGGCGCGGCCAGCCAGAGCUUCCCGCCUCCUCUGAUGAUCAAGCAGGAGCCCAGAGAUUUUGCCUACGACUCAGAAGUGCCUAGCUGCCACUCCAUCUACAUGAGACAAGAAGGCUUCCUGGCGCAUCCCAGCAGAACAGAAGGCUGUAUGUUCGAAAAGGGGCCCCGGCAGUUUUACGAUGACACCUGUGUGGUUCCAGAGAAGUUCGACGGGGACAUCAAACAGGAGCCAGGGAUGUACCGGGAGGGCCCCACCUACCAGCGGCGUGGCUCGCUUCAACUCUGGCAGUUUCUGGUCGCUCUCCUGGAUGACCCUUCCAAUUCUCAUUUCAUCGCCUGGACUGGUCGAGGCAUGGAGUUCAAACUGAUCGAGCCUGAAGAGGUGGCCCGGCGUUGGGGCAUUCAGAAAAACAGGCCAGCUAUGAACUAUGACAAACUUAGCCGUUCGCUCCGCUACUACUAUGAGAAAGGUAUCAUGCAGAAGGUGGCUGGAGAGAGAUACGUGUACAAGUUCGUGUGUGAUCCGGAAGCCCUGUUCUCCAUGGCAUUUCCAGACAAUCAGCGCCCGCUGCUGAAGACGGACCUAGAGCGUCACGUCAACGAGGAGGACACAGUGCCCCUGUCCCACUUUGACGAGAGCAUGGCCUACAUGCCCGAAGGGGGCUGCUGCAACCCCCACCCCUACAACGAAGGCUACGUGUACUGACCCCAGGGACAGUCAGCAGGGCCGCUCCUCUCUCUGCCGGAUGCAGAGGCUCGAUCGCUGGAUGCUCGUCGUUCUAUUUUUGUUGUUUGUAUUUUAUUUUUAAAUAAUAAUACAUGAAAAGGGGCUUUUUCCUGUUGCAUUAUUCUAUGGUUUGCCAUGGACUGCGCACUUUAUUUGAGGGCGGGUGGGAGAAAUCGAAACAUUUAUUCUGUGUAACAGGAAGACAAUGGGUGAGUGGGUGAAGGGAUGAGGGGAUUACUUUUUACUUAGGCUUGGGACCGGGUCCUGCAGGUUUUAAGUAUGAUGAAUCUCUAUCACGUCUAUCUGGUUUCUUAACAACGUAAGAUAGUUUUCAUUUUCUCCGGGUAGCUAUGAUACGGUUAAUUCCACCUUGUGUAAAUAUCCACUUGGAGACUAUUUGCCUUGGGCAUUCUCCCCUCCCCCCAUCAUUGCCAAGUCUCAGCAGGUGUACAAAAAAAAAAAAAAAAAGAGAAAAACAA